AUGUUAGAAAUGUCUAUAGAGGGAUCUCAAAGAUUUGCGCGUGGUGAAGAGCAUGGCAGAGAUUCAAAGGAAAAAAAAAUCAGUUUUAUUUUGAAGCACUUCACAUUCAAAGAGUGCAUAAAGUUUGUUGCAGAUCCACAGUAUGCAACUGAAACCAAACCAAGUGAUCGUUGUUAUUGCGGAGAUUAUAGACUUUACCACUAUUUUCAUGAGCAGAAACGUUCAGAAACAGGCGAUAAAGAAUGGUCUGAGUCUGAAUGUUUAGAAGUAGUUGGUCCGUCAAAUGCUUUCGGACAGAUAGAGUUCAUAACAGAGUCUACUUCCAACCACAAGCCCACUGAGUUUGUACGUAUCUCAGAUGAAGAUAAAUUAGAAGAUGUAAUGAUAUUGAUGAAAAAUUACUGGAAAAUGAUGGAACCAGAAAAACCUAGUUUAUGUAUUUCUGUUAUUGGUGGAGCAAAAAAUUUUGUCCUUGAAGGACAUAAAAAAGAAGUUUUUUAUUCUGGUUUAGUUCAAGCAGCACAAACAACUCGAGCUUGGAUUGUAACAUCAGGUUUAAAUUUAGGAAUUAUACGAGUGGUUGGCGAUGCAUUGCAAGAACAAUCAUACAGUACGGACAAAAGAAUGUUGUCUCAACAAUUAAGAUGUAUUGGUAUUGCUCCAUGGGGUUAUGUACUGAAUCGUAAUACUCUGGUCGCUAACAAUUAUGAAGAUCAUUUUCAUCCGAUACCUUAUACAGUGUCCACCGUUAUUGAAACAGGACAACCUGUUUCCUUAAAUCAAAAUCAUACCCAUUAUAUUUUUGUGGAUGAAGGUAAACGUUUAAGAUAUGGUGGGUGUGAAUCAGCUCGAUUUCGUGCAAGGCUGGAAAAACAAAUAGCUCUUCCAGAAGAAGCUGGUGGUUUUGGCAUUCCGGUUGUCCUAGUAAUUGUAGAAGGUGGUCAUGAUGUGUUUAUUGAUGCACGAAAUAGUAUUAAAGAACGUGUACCGGUUGUAAUAUGUUCUGGUACUGGGAGAGCAGCUGACAUACUAGAUAUGGCAUUUAAUUUUCGACUUAAACAUCAUCAGUUUACAUCAUUUACCGAAAGAGAAUGUUCAAUACUAAGUCAAAAGUUGAAAAUUGUUUCUGGUAAAAAUAAAGUUGAAGCUGCAUUGAAAAUGAUUCAACUGAUUGUACAAGAUACAAAACUAAUUACAACUUUUGAUAUGAAUAAAUCAGAUGAUUUAGAUUUAGCUAUUCUAUUUGCAUUAAUUAAAACUUCUUCAGAAUUAGAUAAACAAUUAAGAUUAGCAUUAACAUGGGAUAGAAGUGAUAUUGCUGAAGCAAAAUAUUUCGUCAAGGAAAACAAGUUAAACCAGAAAUUUUAG